UAUAAUAUGCCGUGGAUUAAAAAAUGAAAUACGGUGCAUGCCUGCGAAGCACUUUCCAAUUCUUGAUGCCUUAACCUCUGGUGAUAUGCCUACAGUUGGUUCGUUAAUUUAAAAAAAUCCAGAUUUGCAAGAUGUUUUCCAAGAGACAGUGUUUGAUACCAUCAAAGGAGAAAUUAAAACUUUGGCACUAAGAGAGAAUAACUCAAUUUUACGUAACCAUGACAAGAUAAAGUCUCUUACAUUUGCCAGAGUUAUAGAUGAAUGGAGACAGAAAGCUCCUACUUUCUUAAAAUCACUUGAAGCAGCGGUAGCAAACCCAGCACAUCAGUUUAAUAAGUAUAAAAAGGGCGAAGCUUUAAUACCAGGUAUAGUGACUGCUGGCUGUAAACUUUUGACCCUGUACAGCAAAGAUUUAAAUGCUUUUCAACAUUUUAAUAGCUAUAUUUUGUGGAAAGGUGGUUGCAAAAAGUCUGCAUUUUCUCGACUGAAUGCCACAUACGACUGCUUAAGCUACCAAUCAACGCUAAGUUUGGCAGACAAGUUAGGGAUUGACUGGGACAAUGAUCUUGUUGCCAUGCAAGAACUAGUAACAACUGAAACGUCACAUGAAUUGGUGUUACUUCAGAACAUACAGAUGAUCAAAGAGUCUAUUGAUUUGGUGAACGGAGAUGCUGAUACAAUGGUACAACGAAUUCUUGAACUUUCUAAUGCGGAAAAUGAUUUGCAUCAGUACAGAGAUUUAAUGCACCCUGGCUUUUACUUUGUAGGAGAUAAUGUAGAUAUGCGUACAAAAGUCAGGAAUAUGACAAUCUAUAACCAACACAAAGACCAUCAUAUGUACCAAAUAUGUGCCUAUGAAAACAGGAUUUCAGGGAACCACCUAGACAACACUGUUGCCAAAGGAGAUGCAAAUACAGUGCCCUUCACUACUUUCAUACCGAGUCAGUUAGAAUUGGACAGUAUAGCUAGUGACUUCACUUUCUUAGUAGCGAAAAUAUGGAGUCAGCAUAUUCCACACUUCAACAUAUUUGCACCAGUCCUUCCCGAGUAUAUUGAGCAUCAGUACAUGAAAGAAAUGAAGCAAAAAACAGCAAGAAUAAAUAUGGGAGUUUUGAUGAAAAGUGAGCAAUACAAUGAAGAUAUGACAGACAUUUGUGAAUUUAUGCACAAGUAUGUACCUGGACACAAUGAAACAGAUGACUGGACAAAACAGCCACAAAAAGUCUUGAGUGGAGGAGACUAUUUAACUUUUGAGAGACACAAACAGGCACAGUCAUCCAAACGAAAUGGUCGAACUCCAACAAAAAGAUUAGAGGGACUGGUACCUAAAAUGGAAGAAUUUCACAACCAGGGAGAGUUGCUAAAGGUCAUUUGGAAGUUGUUGUACUCAACCUCGUCAGCUAGAGACCAGGGAACUCUGUAUGCAGCACGCAAUACCAUAAAUGCAAGAAAUGUUACCCAAGAUCCAGCCGAUGAUUUUUAUGCAGCUUCUGAUCUUGUUGAGAAAGUUACCACAGCAUAUAUUAUAACAGGUGGUCUUACUCACUUUGGAAUGGAAAGCAUAGACUCUUUACCCUGUAAAAAUGUGUAUGAGGGUGCAGUUGGGAAUACAAAUGAAAUGAAGGAAUAUAUUUUUGAUCAGGCACGCUCGUUUGUUAAGACAUUCACAUUGCCAGAGAUACCUAAACUUCCAAAAUAUGGGCCAAAUUGCAAUACAUAUCAUUGUAGAUACUGUGGAAAAAAGUACAAACAACCACAUUCCCUCAGAAAACAUGAAUCCUCCAUUCAUGAUCAUUAUGAUCCUCUUUUUGCUAAGGAAAAAGUUUCGAGUGGCAAGGAUAACGAAAACGAAUCUGAUGGAGUUAGUGCGUACACAAAGUUGGUUUUAACAUUGGGUUUAUUAAGAAUGGAUCACAACGAUGCAAUUCAUAUGGGUGAUGGAACAAGGAUGUUAAGAAUUGACCAGUUCCUGGUUUUGUACUAUAAAUAUUGUCAUUGUACAAAAUACGCCUUUGGUACCUUGGAAACUAUAGCCCAAACUGAAGUUUUGUUAACAGAACGCCAGGCACACAGACUGAUAUGGAACAGAACUGUAAACCAUAAGGGGGACGCAAAUACAAAUCAUCCAAAUGAUUUAGAUGUUGAACAUUGUAAUAAGGUGUUUAAAGAUUCUGCCCAUAGAUACAGAGGUGUUUUUACUGAGAAAGUGGUUUCGAGAGUCAGUAAGAGUGCUAUGAAAGUCCACGAAAUUAUCAAACAGUUUGACAAAAUGUGUAAAGUGCAUGUUCAAUCAGGACGACAUAAAACAUGUGACAAGGAAAUAGACAUUUUAACUUUGGUCAGACAAUUCCAGGCAUGUAAUUUAUUCGAUUUCAUUCCUGGCCGAUCACAUUAUGCCUAUCCAAACAUGAAGGAAAAUCCCCUUACAGAGCUAGACAUGGAGUUUGUUGGAGACUGGAUUGGUGCUAGUUUAAAAAAGUUUCAUAACAAACAUUUCUAUUAG